AUGCUCUCAACAAGGAUAGCCACAGCAACGUCAUUCCAACCACUUUCACGACGAGGCUUUCUACAAGGUCUACUACGAGGUCAAAUAAGACUUCAUUCCCAAAAGAGCCAAGGUGAAAAUCCCCAAGAAGAAAAAGACUCACAAGGCCUUUCAAAAAAGAGCGAUGCUGAUGAUGAUAACAGAUUGCUGCAAGAGUUUAAAAUCAAACAUACCACUUCAAAGUCGGCUCCGGCUCCGAUGGAAAAUAAUGGUAUAGAAAAACUAAUGAAGAAGAGCAAUAAGCCAUAUAUACCAAAGCUCCAGCAUCAACGGCUAUCUUUUGAAUAUCCGGACUUGCCCAAAGAGGACAGUGAUUUUGUUAAUCUUUUCAAUAAACCGAAAACAGUCUCCAGGUGGACUAGGUACAUACCCAAAAUCCUAACAGUAAUUGUUGCAGCGUGGGCGGCUUAUACCGUAAAAGUGUGGUAUCUUGAUGAAAAUGAAGAAGGCGAGGAUAGUAAUGAACUUCUAGAUGUGAAUGAGUUUCAUAAAUUUAUUGUCACUCAUAAGGAAAAGAUUGAUGACGACCACUAUAUCAUUGAGGUAACUCCAAAGUACGACAAGUGGAAAUACAGCUUUGCUACAAAUCCAGACAAGAAGUCGUUUUGGGAUGGUGAUAGAAUCUGGUCUGUGGAAAUUAAACAACCGGAUAUAAAUGUUGUUAGGUCAUACACACCGCUCCCACUAUACUACUUGAAAUCUGAAUAUACGAGAUCUGGAGAUAAAAAGCCGCUAUUGAAAGUUUUAGACCCAUCAGUUGACGAAUUAGAUAGAUGUGGAACAAUGUGUUUUUACGUGAAAAGGUACAAGCAAGGAGAAGUUUCUCGUUACAUAACAGAUCUCGAUGUUGGGGAUGAAAUGGAAAUCCGAGGACCACAAGUGGAGUACAAAUUCCCAUAUCACCCUUUGAAAAAACUCCACCAACGUCCAAUAUUUAAAGACUUGGCAUCAAAAGUAGAACCAGACAAUUUAAUCGAAGCAACUAAGAAAGACCACAACAUUCCGGAUGUCGAUAAUUUGAACUUCUAUGCCGCAGGAACUGGUAUAGCGCCCAUUCUUCAGGUAUUGUUUUCCAAAAACCCUUACAUGGGUUAUGUAAACUUGCACUACUCGGCCCAAAAGCCAGGAGAAUUGGGUAUUUUGAAAAGAUUUCUUUUAUUUUUGGAUAAAUUGGACAGAAUCAAGAUUUACUACCACUUUGACACUCAACCAACAACUAUACUAAACGAAAAGGAUAUUGAAUCGCCAUCUGAACCCAACUACUAUUCUCCCAAAAGAUUUGAAGAAGUAACUUCGAAUAUGACAUCAGAAGAAGCAUUGAAGGUGAGACUACAAGUAAUGGAUGGAAAGGGAGGUGAAAAUGAAGACAAUCAAGACAAUAACGCUAAACUGGAUAAGGUUCUGAAACGCAUACGCUCUGCUGAAGAGCGUGGUGUGAGAUACGAAACGGCAUUACAGCAAGCCGCUGUGACAUCUAAGGAAAACAAAAAGCCAGCUGCCUUGGCGAUUGUGUGUGGCCCUGAUGGCUUUGUCGAAUACGUUGCUGGCCAGAAAGAUCUUGUAAAUAGAGAGCAGGGCGAAGUCAGGGGAUUAUUAGGCUCAAAAAAUUGGAACAACUCGAACGUGUAUAAAUUAUAA